CGGGCGGGGGGCGGGGGGGCGGGAAGCGCGCAGCGCGGGGGAGCCUCUCGGGUGCCCAGGCCUACCUCCCCUGUGUUGGUGCAGGCCCAGAUUCACAUGGCUGUCCCCGGUGGCGAUGUUCCGGUCGGGGGGGCGGCCCGGCGUGGGAAGGACCCUCAGACAGGCGCCGGCCUAGCUCGGGGCACAGGCGGUGGCCUCGCGCGCGGUGGGGAUGCGUUCAGUGAUGCAGAUGGAGCGACACCAGGCCAGUCACGUCAGUCGGGAGGUCCCGCCUUCAGGCACCGUUCGGAGUCUGGGAGGGUUGACCGGAGGGGCAGUGGUGCUCAGGCUGCAGCCGCAGUGCUGAGGGAUGAUCUGAUUGAAGAGUUCAGCAGCGAUGGAGACGAGAGCCCUCGGGGGGUGGUGGCUCCCAUACCUGUCACAACGCCAGCUGUGUCCAGAGGUCGGGGAAGGAGUGAGGAGGUUCGUCAACGACCACACGGGCAGGCGGCGACCGGUUCCAGCAGCAGUGAAGAGGGGGAGCUGCCGGAGGACCCCGCGGAGGAUGGACGUUAUGGGAACCUGUCGGCUGGAGGACCUUCACGGCCGCGCCGAACCGAUCCCCAAGGUUGUCUGAUUUGGAUCCUAGGACAUUCAUUUGUGUUUUGGGGGGCAAGAAGGGCGGAUGUCAAGCCCGGGGGGAGACAGCUGGGGGUGCCCAGGGAGGAAGGAAGGGUACGAUGGAUAGGGAUUAGGGGUCUCAUGUGGCAGAAGGUGUUACCCGAAGUUCACAGGGGGGCUAGCUUAGACAGGGCCCCGGACAUUUUGGUGAUACAUGCGGGGGGGAAUGAUUUGAGCGUCCGGCCGAUGCGCCAGGUGAUCAAAGACAUACAAUGGGAUAUACGCCGACUGCGGGCCUCUUUCCCUGACCUGAUCAUUGUUUGGUCAGAUAUUGUGGCUCGCAUGGCCUGGAGGGAGGCCAGGUCAUUGGAGCGUUUGGAUAAGGCCCGGAUAAAGGUGAACAGAGAAGUGGGCAGGUUUGUGGUUCAGCAAGGUGGGAUAGCGGUUCGCCAUUCAGAUUUAGAAGUUGAGACUUGGAGGUACCUGAGGGGGGACGGGGUUCAUCUCAACUCGAUCGGGAUCGAUCUUUGGGCUCUGGGAUUGGAGGAGGGCGUUAGGAGGGCUUUCCUGGUGUGGCGGCGGGCCCAAGUGUGAGGUGGUCCCACUUGUGCCGCGGUGGCGGUGGGUUCCCCUGCCGUUUGGUAGAAAUAGACGGUGGUUAGGUAAAAACGGUGGGGGGGCAUAGUUACAGGGAUGGUGUCUGCCUUGGUGGUCUGGUGUCAGUCUGGACCACCAGGGGAGAAGUGGGUGGGUCUGUGGUCAGCUAGGUCUUCGAGUCGGUAGUCGCGACUGGGGACAUGUCGUUAGCUAAGAGGGUACCACAGGCCCAAAAGAGUGAUCAGGGGUUGUCAGGGGGACUGACAACCAAGGUAUGGUUAAAAGGUUUAACAAUUGAGGAAUAGGUUAAAUAUUUAAAGUUGGGUGAUAUAUAUAUGUAUAUGAUUGUGUAUAUAUAUA